AUUUAUACAAUCGAUAAGAUUUGGGCGAAACUCAAGCAAACAAGUGAUCCGAUCGUCACUUCUGGUACUUCUUCUUCGGCCGACAAACCAUUGUUUUGCGGCCAAUGUUUGGACAUAAGGUGUGAAUCGGAAACCGUUUCGCGUAUAAUAACAGACAAAUACAUUGACUUCUGGUAUGAUUUGAUUGGAUCCGAUAACCAGGACUUUACCACCGAUUGUCAACAGAUAAUUGAGCAAAUAUUCUGCCAAUUGUUUGACAAAUGCGUCAAAUGUGUGGACAAAGAGGUAUUUUUGCGCAAAACAUUGAUUUUAUUGGAAACUCAUUUGAAAGACACAAAGAGUGACCCAAAUGUUGAUCCAAAUGAGUGCGAAAGAGUGGCCGCUAUUGUUGAACGAGUGCUUGAGUUGACGGCGACCGACGAUAUCACACCAUUGAUGACCAAAACCGGAAAAGACCGCAAUUUAUCGCUGUUUAUGAUUCUUAAGCAACUGUUAACCCAUUCUAUCCAAACAGAAACAGCCUUUCAUUCAAUUAGUUGUCCGACGAUUGCCUUAAAUGAUGUGAAACUUAUGAGGAUUGACUCAAUCACUAGUUUAACCGAUGAUAAUUUAAGAGUCAGUGAAAUGAGUGAUUUGAGUGGAAACGAGUCCAACGAUGAACUCGCGAUGGAAGCGCUCGAAGCGGACGAAGACUUCGAUGAAAAGCUUAUCUCAAAUCUAGUGAUUAGCGGAACCCAUGAAAUCAAAAACACAUCUUCUUAUACAUUAUAUGUCAUAGAAUACGACGCCUUAUUCCAGCAGAUAAUUGAUCCGACAAUUAGUGGCAGCACUUCGUCGCUCUGCAGCGAACACUCCUAUUAUUAUCGACAAAAAGUUGUAGUCUAUCGACGAUUCAGUGAAUUCAUGACAUUACAGAAGGUGUUGGACAGGAAUAAGUCAUUGCGACGGCUGUUAAAAGGCAUUAAAAAGCCGUCGUCUAUACAAAUCACGGCACAGAAUCUGUUGGCAUUCACGGGUGCGGGUAAUACCCGUCUCGACGCCUCGACCAUUGAAUUUAGACGAAUUUAUUUGCAAAACUUUCUCAAACAGUUAUGCAAUCGGAAGGCAAUCGUCGAUUCGCCAGAAUUUCAAAAGUUCAUGGCUUACGGAAGCGAUGGUCGCACCGCUUAUAUGGCCAACAAAUCCAAUACUAUUUUACCGCUAAAUAUCGAUAGAGUUUUGUAUAGAGGAGUGAAGGGAGCGCUUAGUAUAAUGAAGAACGCACUGCCAGUCGAGCCACAGAUCGGCCGAAUUGAUCCCACUUUCGGCGAACGUAUGGUUGCCGACAACGAGAAGGUGACAAUUCGGUCGAUUGUGGCCGAAGUCGAGUCCAAUAAUUACAUGCAAUUAGAAAAGAAACUCAAUAUUUGGACAGAAGAGAGAUAUUCUUCUGACGAAACAUUAAUCAGAUAUUUUGAUUCUAAAAGAGAAGACAUUUCAAUAGGUCUGGAGUUGUGUGAAGAGGAGAACAGAAGCGGUAUUAUUGGAGGUCUGGGCCCUCGUUCUCGAGGCGAUGGCUGCGAAGACCCCAUCAAUGAGUCUCAAACUGGCGAUGAAAUGAUGCGAAAUGAAAGCAAUGAAUCGAUUAAUCCAUUCCCUGCAUUCGUUGAUUUGGCCAAACAAUGGUACAACAGU